AAAACAGAGGACACAAUGACAACACAGUGUAUGUUACCAGGCAGAUAUUGUCUAAAUCUGUGGAUGACUGGACCAUCUGGAGGAACCCAUUGCAACAUUAUGGUUCAUACAGUAGAAGGAGAUAGGACUAUAGGAAUAUUAAAAAGGACAAUGAACUGGACAGAGCUGGCUAUUCCAUUUUCAUCUACAUCCGAUUUCGAGAUUGUUUUUCAUCCGAAUGUCAGUGAAACAAUAACACCGUCUGGACAUCACAUUCCACCUCAUAUUCUGAUAGGGAUAGAUGAUAUACAUAUUUAUCCUGUACAGAGUAAUGAUGAGUGUAAAAAAUCCACAACACCUGCAACGAUAUCAUCAUCUUCUACCAAAGUAGAAACAACAUCGACAACACCAACGUCCACUACAACAACUACAACACCGACAAUAACAAACCCGACAACAACAACAACACCGACGACCACAACAACACCGACAACAACUACGACACCAACAACUACGACACCAACAACAACAACGACAACCACAAUAACACCGACAACCACAACAACACCUACGACACCAACAACAACACCGACACCAACACCGACCACCACAACAACACCGACAACCACAACAACACCGACUACCACAACAACUACGACAACCACAACAACACCGACAACAACAACAACACCGACAACCACAACAACACCGACAACCACAACAACACCGACAACAACAACACCGACAACCACAACAACACCGACAACCACAACAACACCGACAACCACAACAACAUCGACAACCACAACAACCACGACACCACCAACAACAACCACGACAACAACAACGUCGACAACAUCACCGACAACCACAACAACUACGACACCAACAACAACGUCGACAACCACAACAACACCGACGACGACCACAACAACACCGACGACGACCACAACGACACCGACGACGACCACAACGACAACACCGACGACGACCACAACAACACCGACAACUACGACACCAACAACAACACCGACAACCACAACAACGCCGACAACACCAACAACACCGACAACCACAACAACUACGACACCAACAACAACACCGACAACAACAACGACACCGACACCGACAACCACAACAACACCGACAACCCCAACAACACCGACAACAACUACUACACCGACAACAACUACGACACCAACAACAACACCGACAACCACAACAACACUGACAACCACAACCACAUCGACAACAACUACGACACCCACAAGAACUACGACACCAACAACAACACCGACAACCCAAAAGUCUACGACAUCAACAAGCACAACAACAACGAAUCCGAUUACCACUACAAAAACAACACCGAAAACUAUAAUAAGAACGACACCAACACUCUCAACAACUACGACACCAACAACUAUAAAACAGACCACUUCAAAUCCGACGGCAACAACAAUGCCAACAACGGCAGCAAUCACAGAAAAAACGACACCGACAUCAACACUUACAACCAAAACAUCAACAUCGAAAUUAACAACGACAUCAACAACAACAACACGUACAAUAAGCACAUCAGCGGAAAGAACUACACCGUCAACAAUACAGAAAACGUCCUCAACUAUUGGUAAUAAAACAUCAACUUUACAAAUUUCUUCCACUUCUGAAGCAUCAAACAAUGCAACAACAAUUUCUCCUCCAGUGUUUUCAAACGUAACAGCACGAGUCAGUUCAACCACUUUAAAAGCAAAAUCGGGCAUGACAACUUCCAAAUUAAAGAGCACUUUUAUGCCAACACAGACUUCUCAGUCAUCUCCAUUGUCUAAAGCAUCUCCCGUUUCUAUGUCAUCUCCCAUAUCUAAACCAGCGACAACGAUAUCAAACUUGAAAGGAAACAAUAGUCCGCAAAAAUCAAAAAGCAAAACGUCUACAAUAGUUGGAGGCGUUAUUGGAGGGUUGGGGGCGUUUAUUCUAAUUCUUGUCGGUGUUUAUUUCUAUAUGAGAUACAAAGGUAAGAUGGCAUCUGACGCUUCAAAAUACUAUGCUGAUGAUGAUUUCCAAGCUACAUUUGGACAAGCGUUUGGACCACAUUAG